AUCGAGCUAUAUAAGCGACGCUCCCACGGAUCGACAAUCAAAGUAGAACUUGAAUUCACUCUGUAAACAUGAACUGUCUGAAGAUCUGCGGCUUUUUCUUCGCUCUGAUUGCGGCUUUGACGACGGCAGAGGCUGCUACCCAAGUCAUAAAUGCUGGCGGACACACUCUGAUUCAAACCGAUCGCUCUCAGUAUAUACGCAAAAACUAAAAGUUACCAAUGGAAAUCUAAUAAAUGUCUAAGCAAAUAAAAAUUAUGUGAAAAA